AUGGACGGGGUCUGCACGCUGUCGGAAAUCAUGGUGGUUUGCAGAGAAAGUGAGGAUAGGAGGGAGCACAAGCCAUUCUACGCAACCACGCCGAUCUACUACGUCAAUGCAGCCCCUCAUAUAGGUCAUCUCUAUUCCUCAGUAAUUGCCGAUGUCGUGGCGCGAUGGUCCCGCCUCCGUCAUCCCGAUCGACCAGUCAUACUGUCAACAGGCACGGACGAGUUUGGUAUGAAGGUCCAGCGCGCGGCAUUCACCGCAGACAGGGACCCAAAAGACUUUUGUGACAUCGUGAGCCAGAAUUUCCGAGAUCUGGCGGACGCCGCAAACAUUCGUUAUACCCGCUUCAUACGAACGACUGAACAGGUUCAUCAAGACACGGUACAGUGGGUCUGGAAGGAACUUGUAAAACGCGACCAAAUCUACAAGGGGAGCCAUUCGGGUUGGUAUUGCGUAGCGGACGAAUGUUUCUACCCCGAUACUCAGAUAGAAAUGAAAGAUGAGCGCCGUGUCUCCAAAGAGACUGGCCGCCCUGUGGAAUGGUAUGAGGAGGAGAACUACAUGUUUCGGCUAUCCGCCUUCCAGGAACCCCUCCUAAAGUGGUUAACUGUCAAUCCCGAAGCAAUUGUUCCGAGCAAACGAUAUAAGGAGGUGGUGAAUAUCGUGCAGGAUAUAGGCAACUUGCGCGAUCUGUCUGUUUCACGCCCUAGAUCGAGACUUGGGUGGGGGGUUCCAGUACCUGACGAUCCGGAACACACAGUUUACGUGUGGUUGGAUGCGCUUGUCAAUUAUUUGACCGUUACCGGAUAUCCCUGGGAUGGAGAUACUUCUUCCCUAGCACACGGCUGGCCAGCAGAUGUACAGGUCGUUGGCAAGGACAUCGUGAAAUUCCACGCCAUAUAUUGGCCUGCAUUCCUUAUGGCUGUGGGCCUGGAUCUUCCCAAACAGAUUCUUGCUCAUGCGCACUGGACGAUGGAUCGAAAGAAGAUGUCCAAGAGUGAAGGGAAUGUCGCCGACCCAAACGAAGCCAUCUCAAGAUAUAGUGCUGAUGUUGUACGGAUGUAUUUGUGUUCAGCUGGCGGCAACUUGACAGAUGAUGCUGAUUGGUCGAACGAGCGGCUGCAGGGAUUCUAUAAUGGAACCUUGCGACACAACCUCGGUAACCUUCUCCCCCGCAUGAUGAGCAAGAAUAUCAUUGGCAGAGCGCGUUUGCAGAAGUCCGUCUAUUCGGGAGAAGAAAACGUGAAUGAGGAGGACAAAAAAAUUCACGACCUUCUGAAACAACUGCCCGGUAUUGUGGAAGAGCACAUGGAUCGGAGAGAAUUUGGUCAUGCUGCCAAUGCUUUGGAGCACUGCAUCACCGAAGCGAAUGGAUACUUCACACAUUUGACCCCUUGGAAGACCACCCAACCAGUCGAAUCGGUAGCGCGAGCCCAAUUCUAUUGCUACGAGACCCUUCGCAUCGUCGGAAUACUUUUGCAACCAUUCAUGCCGACAAAGGCAUCCCAGCUAUUGGAUAUUCUGAAAGUGACUGGUCGAGACUUUGGAGCUACAAAGAUCGCCGCCGAAGGAGAAGGGGCGCAAUUGCGUCCCGACACGAUGGACAUCCUCUUUCCGCCACUUGCAGAAGAGAACAGCAAUCCUGCUCAGAUGAUUAAGAAAACCAAGAAGGAAAAGAAGAGACAAAGAUAA